UAGAUAUGUGAAACAAUUCAUGCAGUUACAGUUUUGGUCUGUCCAUACUGUUAAUAUUAUCACUUCUCAUCACUGUCUAGAAAAUAAUUUUGAAUGAGCUAUGAUGAAAUCACUUGUCUGUUAAUUAUUUAGUUGAACUUGAUUAUUCAGGGCUGUUCAGACUUGAGCACUGAAGAAGUUGUAAGACAAAACUCACUCUUCUUUGUAAUUACCUCACAGACAACAGCUGCCACCAUGAGUACAGACGCGGAAAUGGCCAUUUAUGGCAAAGCUGCCAUUUAUCUCCGUAAACCAGAGAAGGAGAGAAUUGAGGCUCAAAGCAAACCAUUUGAUGCCAAGACAGCCUGCUAUGUGGCCGAUGCCAAAGAGCUGUACCUGAAGGCAACAAUACUCAAGAAAGAGGGUGGCAAAGUCACCGUCAAAGUCCUGGACACAGAGGAGGAGAAGACAGUUAAAGAAGAUGACGUCUGUCCAAUGAACCCUCCCAAAUUCGACAAAAUUGAGGACAUGGUCAUGAUGACCCAUCUCAAUGAAGCCUCUGUCUUGUAUAACCUUAAAGAGCGUUAUGCAGCAUGGAUGAUCUACACCUACUCUGGGUUGUUCUGCGCCACUGUGAACCCCUACAAGUGGCUCCCAGUGUACGAUGCUGAAGUUGUAAGUGCCUAUAGAGGCAAGAAGCGUAUGGAGGCUCCACCCCACAUCUUCUCUGUCUCUGACAACGCUUAUCAGUUCAUGCUUUGUGAUAGGGAGAACCAGUCUGUCUUGAUCACUGGAGAAUCUGGUGCUGGAAAGACUGUGAACACCAAGCGUGUCAUCCAGUACUUUGCAACAAUCUCAGUUGGUGGAGACAAGAAGAAGGACACAGGAAAGAUGCAGGGGUCACUGGAGGAUCAGAUUAUUGCAGCCAAUCCCUUGCUGGAGGCCUAUGGUAAUGCCAAAACUGUGAGAAAUGACAACUCUUCUCGUUUUGGUAAAUUCAUCAGAAUCCAUUUUGGAACAUCUGGCAAAUUGGCUAGUGCUGAUAUUGAGACAUAUCUGCUGGAGAAGUCUAGAGUGACAUUCCAGCUUCCUGAUGAGAGAGGCUACCACAUCUUCUACCAAAUGAUGACCAACCACAAGCCUGAGCUGAUUGAAAUGUCACUCAUUUCAACCAACCCCUAUGACUUCCCCAUGAUCAGCAUGGGUCAGAUCACAGUGGCCAGCAUUGAUGACAAAGAGGAGCUGGAUGCCACCGAUAAUGCUAUUGAUAUCCUGGGCUUCAGUAAUGAGGAGAAGAUGAGCAUCUAUAAAAUGACUGGUGCUGUCAUCCACCAUGGUAACAUGAAGUUCAAGCAGAAGCAGCGUGAGGAGCAGGCUGAGCCUGAUGGCACAGAGGAUGCUGACAAGGUUGCUUACUUGUUGGGUCUAAACUCCGCUGACAUGCUGAAGGCUCUGUGCUAUCCCAGAGUGAAGGUCGGAAAUGAGUUUGUCACCAAGGGACAGACUGUACCUCAGGUGCUGAACUCAGUGACUGCCCUUGCAAAGUCUAUCUAUGAGAGGAUGUUCUUGUGGAUGGUCAUCCGUAUCAACCAGAUGUUGGACACUAAACAGCCCAGGCAGUUCUUCAUUGGUGUCCUGGAUAUUGCUGGCUUUGAAAUCUUUGAUUUCAACACAUUGGAACAGCUGUGCAUUAACUUCACCAAUGAGAAAUUGCAGCAGUUCUUCAACCACCACAUGUUUGUGCUGGAGCAAGAAGAGUACAAGAAGGAGGGCAUUAUCUGGGAGUUCAUUGACUUUGGCAUGGACUUGGCUGCCUGUAUUGAGCUGAUUGAAAAGCCCAUGGGCAUCUUCUCCAUCCUUGAAGAGGAGUGCAUGUUCCCCAAGGCCACGGACACAUCCUUCAAGAACAAGCUGUAUGACCAGCAUCUUGGCAAAAAUAAAGCAUUUGAGAAGCCAAAGCCAGCCAAGGGCAAGGCUGAGGCCCACUUCUCCCUGGUGCACUAUGCUGGUACUGUGGACUACAAUAUCUGUGGCUGGCUUGACAAGAACAAGGACCCACUGAAUGAGUCUGUCCUGCAGCUGUACCAGAAGUCCUCAGUUAAACUUUUGGCUCUUCUGUAUCCUCCUGCUGCUGCUGAGGAUACCGGAAAGAAGGGAGGCAAGAAGAAGGGUGGUUCUAUGCAGACUGUGUCUUCACAGUUUAGGGAGAACUUGGGCAAGCUGAUGACUAACUUGAGGAGCACCCAUCCUCACUUUGUGCGCUGUCUGAUUCCCAAUGAGUCAAAGACUCCAGGUCUGAUGGAGAACUUCCUGGUCAUCCACCAGCUCAGGUGUAACGGUGUGCUGGAGGGUAUCAGAAUCUGCAGAAAAGGUUUCCCCAGCAGAAUCCUCUACGGUGACUUCAAGCAGAGGUACAAGGUACUGAAUGCCAGCGUCAUCCCUGAGGGCCAGUUCAUUGACAACAAGAAGGCUGCAGAGAAGCUGCUUGGUUCAAUCGAUAUUGAUCAUGACCAGUACAGAUUUGGACACACCAAGGUGUUCUUCAAGGCUGGUCUGCUGGGUACCCUUGAGGAAAUGAGAGAUGAAAAGCUGGCAAAUCUUGUUACCAUGACUCAGGCUAUCUGCCGUGGGUUCCUCAUGAGAAGGGAGUUUGUGAAGAUGAUGGAAAGGAGGGAUGCCGUCUUUACAAUCCAGUACAACGUACGUUCAUUCAUGAAUGUCAAACACUGGCCAUGGAUGAAGGUGUACUACAAGAUCAAGCCUCUGCUGAAGAGUGCUGAAACUGAGAAGGAGCUGAUGCAGAUGAAGGAGAACUAUGAGAAGAUGGAAAAAGACUUGGCUACCGCUCUGGCCAAGAAGAAGGAACUGGAGGAAAAGAUGGUGUCUCUCCUGCAGGAGAAGAACGAUCUGCAGCUGCAAGUAGCAUCUGAAUCAGAGAAUCUGUCAGAUGCUGAGGAGAGAUGUGAGGGACUUAUCAAGAGUAAGAUUCAGCUGGAGGCCAAACUCAAAGAGACAACUGAGAGACUGGAGGAUGAAGAGGAAAUCAAUGCUGAGCUUACUGCCAAGAAGAGAAAGCUGGAGGAUGAAUGCUCUGAGCUCAAGAAGGAUAUUGAUGACCUGGAGCUGACCUUGGCCAAAGUGGAAAAGGAGAAACAUGCCACUGAGAACAAGGUGAAGAAUCUGACUGAGGAGAUGGCCUCUCAGGAUGAGAGCAUUGCUAAGCUGACCAAGGAGAAGAAAGCCCUUCAGGAGGCUCAUCAGCAGACUCUUGAUGACCUGCAAGCUGAGGAGGACAAAGUCAACUCACUGACCAAGUCAAAGACCAAGCUUGAGCAGCAAGUGGAUGAUCUUGAGGGUUCUUUGGAGCAAGAGAAGAAGCUGCGUAUGGACCUGGAGAGAGCCAAGAGGAAGCUUGAGGGUGAUCUGAAACUGGCCCAGGAAUCUAUCAUGGAUCUUGAGAACGACAAACAGCAGUCUGAGGAGAAAAUUAAAAAGAAGGACUUUGAAACUAGUCAGCUCCUUAGCAAGAUUGAGGAUGAGCAGUCAAUGGGCGCUCAGCUUCAGAAGAAGAUCAAGGAGCUUCAGGCCCGUAUUGAGGAACUGGAGGAGGAGAUUGAGGCUGAGCGUGCUGCUCGUGCCAAGGUUGAGAAGCAGAGAGCUGAUCUCUCCAGGGAACUUGAGGAGAUCAGUGAGAGGCUGGAGGAGGCCGGUGGUGCCACUGCUGCUCAGAUUGAGAUGAACAAGAAGCGCGAGGCUGAGUUCCAGAAGGUCCGUCGUGACCUUGAGGAAGCCACCCUGCAGCAUGAGGCCACUGCUGCUGCUCUGCGCAAGAAGCAGGCUGACAGCGUUGCUGAGCUGGGUGAGCAGAUCGACAACCUCCAGCGUGUCAAGCAGAAGCUUGAGAAGGAAAAGAGUGAAUACAAGAUGGAGAUUGAUGACCUCUCCAGCAACAUGGAGGCUGUUGCUAAAGCAAAGGGAAAUCUUGAAAAGCUGUGCCGUACUCUUGAGGACCAACUUAGUGAACUAAAGACCAAGAAUGAUGAAAAUCUUCGUCAAAUCAAUGAUGUGGGUGCACAGAAAGCACGUCUUCUGACAGAAAAUGGUGAGUUUGGCCGUCAAAUUGAAGAGAAAGAAGCUCUAGUCUCCCAGCUGACCAGAGGCAAACAGGCCUUCACACAGCAGAUUGAGGAGCUGAAGAGACAUAUUGAAGAGGAGGUUAAGGCCAAGAAUGCUCUUGCCCAUGGACUGCAAUCAGCCCGCCAUGACUGUGAUCUGCUGAGGGAGCAGUUUGAAGAGGAGCAGGAGGCCAAGGCUGAGCUGCAGCGUGGAAUGUCCAAGGCCAACAGUGAGGUGGCUCAGUGGAGAACUAAGUAUGAAACUGAUGCUAUCCAGCGCACUGAGGAGCUUGAGGAGGCCAAGAAAAAGCUUGCCCAGCGCCUUCAGGAGGCUGAGGAGCAGAUUGAGGCUGUGAACUCCAAGUGUGCUUCUCUGGAGAAAACCAAACAGAGGCUCCAGAGUGAGGUGGAGGACCUCAUGAUUGACGUGGAGAGGGCUAAUGGGCUGGCCGCCAACCUGGACAAGAAGCAGAGGAACUUUGACAAGGUGUUGGCAGAGUGGAAACAAAAGUAUGAGGAGGGUCAGGCAGAGCUUGAAGGAGCUCAGAAGGAGGCUCGUUCUCUCAGCACUGAGCUGUUCAAGAUGAAGAACUCUUAUGAGGAAGCUCUGGAUCAGCUGGAGACCAUGAAGCGUGAAAACAAGAACCUGCAACAGGAGAUCUCAGAUCUGACUGAACAGAUUGGUGAGACUGGCAAGAGCAUCCAUGAGCUGGAGAAGUCCAAGAAGCAGGUGGAGACAGAGAAGGCUGAGAUCCAGACAGCUCUUGAAGAGGCUGAGGGCACUCUUGAACAUGAAGAGUCUAAGAUCCUGCGCGUCCAGCUGGAGCUCAACCAGAUUAAAGGUGAGGUGGACAGGAAGCUGGCAGAGAAAGAUGAGGAGAUGGAGCAGAUCAAGAGGAACAGCCAGAGGGUGAUUGACUCCAUGCAGAGCACUCUGGAUUCUGAGGUCAGGAGCAGAAAUGAUGCCCUGAGAAUCAAGAAGAAGAUGGAGGGAGAUCUGAACGAGAUGGAGAUUCAGCUGAGCCAUGCCAAUCGCCAGGCUGCUGAGUCCCAGAAGCAGUUGAGGAAUGUGCAGGCACAGCUGAAGGAUGCACAAUUGCACCUUGAUGAUGCUGUCAGAGCCCAGGAUGACAUCAAGGAACAAGCUGCUAUGGUGGAACGCAGAAACGGUCUUAUGGUGGCUGAAAUUGAGGAACUUAGAGUUGCCCUGGAACAGACAGAGAGAGGCCGCAAAAUUGCUGAGCAGGAGCUGGUGGAUGCCAGUGAGCGUGUUGGACUUCUGCACACUCAGAACACAAGCCUUCUGAACACUAAGAAGAAGCUUGAGGCUGACUUGGUUCAGAUCCAGAGUGAAGUGGAUGACACUGUUCAGGAAGCAAGGAAUGCAGAGGAGAAGGCCAAGAAGGCCAUCACUGAUGCUGCAAUGAUGGCUGAAGAGCUGAAGAAGGAGCAGGACACCAGUGCUCACCUGGAGAGGAUGAAGAAGAACCUGGAGGUGGCUGUUAAGGACCUGCAGCACCGCCUGGAUGAGGCUGAGAACCUGGCCAUGAAGGGUGGCAAGAAGCAGCUCCAGAAACUCGAGUCUAGGGUGCGUGAGCUGGAGACAGAGGUUGAGGCUGAACAAAGACGUGGAGCAGAUGCUGUUAAGGGUGUUCGCAAAUAUGAGAGGAGGGUGAAGGAACUCACCUACCAGACUGAAGAGGACAAGAAAAACAUUACCAGGCUGCAGGAUUUGGUUGACAAGUUACAGCUCAAGGUGAAGGCCUACAAGAGGCAGUCUGAGGAAGCGGAGGAGCAGGCCAAUGUUCAUCUGUCCAAGUGCAGGAAGAUCCAGCAUGAGCUUGAGGAGGCUGAGGAGCGUGCAGACAUUGCAGAGUCCCAGGUCAACAAGAUGAGAGCAAAGAGCCGUGACUCCGGCAAGGGAAAAGAGGCAGAAUAAAGCACUCCACCUGAUGGGCUGAUCUAAUCAUAUAAUAUGAUGUGAAAUAUACCACAAUAAAACAGUUUUUUCAUCUUAAAUUGCUGUUUGUGUUAUUUUGAUCUCAAUGUGUCCUGAGAUAUAGCAAAUGUGUAAUUUGGAUCAUCUGUGACAAAGUUAAACAAAAUUCUACUAUAUUUAUUAGAAUGGCUGGCUACAGCAUAAAGUAUGCUGCAUAAUGUUUUUGAUGUAUGGGUCUGAGAUAUUUUAAAGUUAAAAUUGACCAGCUACCACCACAUAAUUACAGUGGGGAGAAUGAUUGGCAAUUAUCUGCUAUCCAAACAGCAGAAGGAGCUGCUCUGCCAUCCUAUAAGGUCCGGUAGAAGUGGCAACAACCAGGGCUUGAAAGAGAGAAGUACCAGGAGCGCUGCUGGUGUCCCUCAAACUACCGGUGCUCAUGGAAGUGUGUGUGACACCAGACCCUGAAGAAGGUGCAAGCCGACACGCUUUGGUGUGUUUUUUAAUGACUCUAGCCCAUUGAAAUAAAGGCCUUCUAUUUUUCAAACCUACCUUGAGUGCCUGGACCUGGAUUUUUAUGCUAUUUUUUGGUCAUAAUUCUUCCGCUCUUCUUCAAACCAGGGCUUGAAAUUGAAGCCAAUGCAAAAGUCCCUUAAAGUGCAAUACCACUGACGGCCACUAGGUGAUGGCUUCAAAAUGUCCCUGGCUUCAGUAGACUCUUAUUCAAAAAGUGUAAACUUCUCUCAUGAAAUACUGUUUCAAUAGAUUUUUUUUCAACAAAUCAUUAUGGUCUCAAUCACUAAAUUCAGGCCUAAAUUCGGGAACUUCUGGACUCAUGUACACAUUUCGUCAAUAAUUCACAAAUCAAGUAAUAAAUUCUCCUCAGACACGUGAUGAUCUGAAUACAAAUAAGAGGCUUGAGGCUGGCCAGGUUGUGUGCAGGAAGCAGGGUAUGCAGAGAGGGCAAAUCAUCAUGGUCUCAAUCACUAAAUUCAGGCCUAAAUUCGGGAACUUCUGGACUCAUGUACACAUUUCGUCAAUAAGUCACAAAUCAAGUAAUAAAUUCUCUUCAGACAAAUAAGAGGCUUGAGGCUGGCCAGGUUGUGUGCAGGAAGAAAGUUAUGCAGAGAGGGCAAAAACAGAAAUCACUAAUGUGGGGGAAAAAUUUGUGUUCCCUGGGUCAUUCUCUGGUCAUCUUCUAUCCUGGGAGCAGUAGGUCAUGACCUGUCUCUUUCAGAGUGAUGCAUAUCUCUCCCUACUGACAUUGACUGGGAUAGGCAGCUGUCUUGAUAAGGCUGGCUGUCUCCUACAGUUAUAAAGUUUGGGUGGCGAUAUGCUGUGCUUUGUGCAGACGGUCAGACUGGCCUCACUUAGAAUGGAUAUCAUGUGACCAGUGUACAGACUACAUGACUUCAGUUGACUUUAGUCAACAUAGUGUCCUGUUUAGUGUUCAAUACCCAGCAAAAGUAAAAUUUUUACUUGUUAUCUUCAAAUUGCUGUCUGUCUGCUCAUUUUUUCUCUUACUGUUUCCCCUGAGGGAUAGCAAGUGUCAGACUGGGAUCACUGACAUCAAACAAUAUGAUUGGCUAUGGGGUAUAUUGAUUCUCACUGUCAUUGAUGUCAGCCUUUAUUGAGGCUUAAUCUUAUCAUUUUCAAGCCAAAUUAGUAAAAAUACAUAUCUGAUGUAACUAUUAAUCAAUUUUAAGUUUGACAUAGUUUAGGUGACUAGUGAGCUUUGGAGGUUCACUGGACAUAGAUAAGUGGGAGGAGGCCUGAAGUAUAUCUAGGUUAUAUUGAAAUUAAUACAACUUCAGCUGGGAACACCCUCAUGAAGACCAAGGCCAUUAUUGGUGAAAAAGUCAAGAGAGUAACUUUGCAUGCCCUGAUGCCAUUUUGACCUGAAAAACUGUAAAAGAUCGGAAGGGUGCAUUGCUAACUGUAGGUUCUUACAUGGAUGUUUUUUCUGUGGAUACCAAAGGCAAAAUUUUCGUGGGAACAUUUAUAUUUGAAGUUUGAUCAGUACUUCCAGUAAACCGCUCUGCUUCUAUGCUGGUUUUAGAAUGGUUACUAUGGGUUGAUGUCUUAGUUUGUAGCACAUGCAACCAGUUGAAAUACUGAAAAUCAUGGGGGGUGGCCAUGUGUCGGCCUGGAUAGGCCCAGGCCUAGCCUAGCUGCUCACAAGUAACUGAUCACAGCAAUGGUUUUCCUAAAAUCACAGUCGCAGAGAGUUAUGCCAGCAUAGGUUGACUGAGUGGCUUUUCAAGAGCAUACAAAUCUGAUAGUGGGGUUGCACACUAACCUUGCAGUUUUUAUUGACCAUGAUAUAAUUGUGUCUAACCCUGUUUAGUUGGUCCAAGGCCUGUCCGUGAUAAUGUGCCUGCCCUGAAUUCAGGAGUAUCUUCAAGAAAUCCCUCUCCCCCUCUAGAUUCUGCCAAAUCUGUCUACUAGUUGCGUCUUUUUAGCUAUUCUACCUCUGCCACCUGACUGUUAGCCACCUUCCUAUACCAGAGAUUCAAGGUUUAGUUGUAAGUUGGAAACUACAAAUAGAGAACCAUACUUGUUUGACAGACUAUUGAUGUUGCUAGGUAGCCAAUACUGCCAUGUAAAUGUAUCACUUCCUCUCAGUAAACUGUCACAAAAAACAGUCUAUUACUCUCCCUGUGGGUCUUCAGUCCUAAAUCCUGUUUCCAGCAAUAGUGAAUCAUGGCAACAAGGAGAGAAGGUAUAGAGGGCCAAAGUGAAACCGGAAUUUCCUGGUUCUGUUCCAGAAGUAAGAAAACAUCAUUCAGUUCAAAAUCCCACUCACUGUCACUACUCUAAAAACAAAAUAGCCUUGGAACAGAUGCUUUCUCAACAAUAUGUUGUGUGGUUUAGAUAUGGAUCUAGGAUACAGUUUUUUGAAAAAUUAUCUAAUAUUUAUUUGAUAUGUUUUUAGUGGCCUUUAAAGAAAACCAUUUCCCAUGAGUAAUUUGCAAGCUAAUUUGCAUUGAGUUAAAGAAGCUAGUGGAACAGAGGAUAGCCCACAGAGCAAUGUUUACACCACUACAUUAGCCUAAACCUGUCCUGAAAAUUGUCCUAAAAUUGCUAUCUCUGCUGUCUAAAAACCUCUACAGCAUUCGCUUAUGGGAAAUUGUGUUCAUCAAAGGCUGCUAAGAAACAGAAAUAUCGGAUGAACAAUAAUAUUGUUUUGGUUGUUUUUCAAAAACUUACCAUCACUAUGUAGGAAUGUGAAAUGAGCCACAUGACAUACUGUACUGUCAACUAGCCUAUGUUCCAAGGCUGGAUUUUUAGUUAUUUGCAAUGUUACAAAUGUCAAUGGGAUUUUGAAUGAGUUCUUUGAGUUAUGGUUUCACUUUGGCUCUUUAUGGCCCACUGGUGUCUCCUGAGACAAUUUUUAGCACACUGUCAAUAAAAUUGUUUAAACUCAUUGUAGCUACUGAUUCUCUUAAUUACUGGCUAGCUAGCGAGUUGGCAUUCUGUCCAUUCAUUUAAAAUAAGAGCAUUAUUUUAUCAAAUAUUGUGUUAAUGUAGAAGUAUAAACUUGUCAC